GUGCAGUUGGUGGGAGAAUCAGCAUCAUUCUGGUCCUGCAGAUGCUUUAUUUCGACUCUGGGUCUUAUGCCUGUUGUGUGUGUGGUUUUUGAAUCAUUAACUGAAACAAAUAAUUAAAUACACAGUUUGUUUCAGAAAAAUGUCGGGCCGUACGAUCCUCAGCAGACCCCGAACUCGCAUUUACGACGCCAAUUACAACAUUGGCCAAAACUAUUACAGAUCAGCUUUGGACAGCAUAGAUCGCAAAUACUCACCUCGAGCUCCCUCUCCUUUGCGCCCCUCAAUCGCCAGAGAAAUCCUCGAUCGUCACGACGAAGCCUUCGCUGACGAAGAUUUGUCAACUUCCCGUCUCCGGGCCGAAAAAACAAUACGACAAAAACAUCUUUUCGACUCCCGUGGAGGACGUAUUGCUCAACGUGCUUUAGAUUUAGUUGAAAAUGACAUAGACGAAGAGACUGCUUCAACUUUGAAACGCAUCAGAGCCAACAAGAAAGUGCAUAUUGUCGACGAUACCGAUUUUGACAGUACCGUUGACAACAUUAACUCCCAACGUUUGUUGCAAAGGUCGGAAAAGGCCCUCCGAAGUGUGGGUCUUAACGAAAACUCUCGCAGGGCUUUGGACGAAGACAUUAGCAUCAAGCGACGUUCUUUGAAAGUUUCUUUCGAGAAUGAGAGUCUUCAAAACGGGGAUAUGGUGAAAUGGAGUCCUCUUCAGCAACGUUCUGAUGAAAGGGAGAGUGCUGCGGCAGUAAGGGCAAGACAAUCGAGGGAUAGAAUCCUUGAUUUGGAGGACGAAAUGGCCGCUUUGACUGAAAAACAAGCAGCAAGGGAACGCAGAGCGGCGAGAUUUAAGGCGUUGGUUGCUGAAAGUACUGAACAAACUGAAGCUGCACAAUCGGCCCUUCAAGCAAUUAGCUUUAAAUCGCGAAGGGAACAAAGGGCCGUGGAGGAAUAAGGGCGCGAUAGGGCUGUAGAAAAGAAUUGAUUUGCGAUCGCAUUUUCUUAUAUUGUUUUGCUUCAGGUAAACUCCAUGUUUUAGGGAAACACAUUAAAAUAGCCAUUCUUUGUGUAAUUGUUUUACUAUUGAUGUUAAGAAAGAAUAAAACAUUGCUAAUAAUGAA